UCUAUUUCCAUUUACUCUUCGUCCCUACCCCCUCUCCCCCGCUCUAGCUCGGUUCUUGUAAAAAGGUUACUGUCGAUAGCUUAUCCAGCAUAACUACCCCACCACAACCCACCACCACCGCCACCCAAUAACUAUUUCUUCGGACCUCCAUUGCCCACCCCCCCUUCAAGCAUUCCGACAAAUCUACCAUUACCACUGGAACUAUCUCCCACCGCACCCCUUUUCCUGCCGUUAAUAGAUUUUCUUAAGAGAGAGAUUUGUUAAAAAGGAAGAGGAAAGCCGCUGUAUACCCCGCGAUAGCCCCCCCACCAAACAUCAGAGUCACUCUUUCGGCCAAUUCCCUACUCUGACAAAGAGAGAGCAAGAGAGUGAUAGUGAGGAUGGCCGGAGCUACUGUCGCAAUUCUCUCACCAGGUGAGAUGGGGUCUGGGAUUGCCUGUCUUCUCAGAGCCCAUCAGUUUCGAGUAAUAACUAGCAUCUCCGGACGCAGAGAUUCCUUAUCCUCUAGCUCGUAUACGUACGACCGGGCCGUUGCUUCAAAAAUCGAAUUCGUCUCGUCAGAUGUCGACUUAAUCAAUCAGGCCGACUUCAUCCUAUCCAUCGUUCCACCCAGCGAAGCCCUCCCCACCGCCCGCAGGGUUGGUUACGCAUACACGUAUGCUGCACGUGGGAACAAGUUACCCCUCUAUUACUUUGACCUCAACGCCGUUUCGCCCAAUCUAGCGGAGAAGGUGGAGGAUGUGUUUUCGAAGCCCACCGCGGGUGCAAACGGUGCUGUCCGGUUCAUCGAUGGGGCGAUACUAGGGGGGGCACCGGAGUUCAUGCAGGGUCCCGGAGGAGUAGGGGGUGUGUGGAAGAAGCCGAGGGUUGUGGUUAGUGGGAAGGAAAAGCUUGUUGGGGAUAGCGGGCAUCUGCUGGAGGAAGUGCUAGGGUUGACGUGGGUUGGUGAUAGGGUUGGGCAGGCUAGUGGGUUAAAGAUGUGCUUUGCUUCUCUGACAAAGGGCUUGACCGGCCUUGCCGUCCAAUCCUUCACCACAGCGUCGAACCUAUCACUCUUACCGGCUUUGAAGGAGGAAUUAGCAAUCUUCUGCUCUCCGCUACUUACCUUUCUAGAAAGCGCUGUACCCGCCGUGCCUCCGAGAGCAUACCGCUUUGUCAGAGAAAUGGAGGAGAUAGCAGAUACCCAUGCAGAAGCCGGUUUCUCCCGUGCCGUAUUCUCGGGGAUAGCAGAUAUCUACAGAGGCGUCGCACAAGAUGAGGUCUUGGGGAAGGAACGCAGUGGAGAACGAAAUAGAGGUCAAACGGUGGACGACUUUGCGGAUACUUAUGGCGAAGGGAUGAGAAGGAGGGAAGAAGUGAAUAGGAAUGGAAAUAACGGCGGAGUACAAGAUGGGAUGGAGUUGGAGAAGAAGUGGAUGGGCAGGGCUGUGGAAAGAAUGGCCGUCGAUUGAUUACUACCUCCAAAUUUUCCUUUUUCACACUUCCUUCCUUCUUCCUCUUCCUACCCACCCCCGAUUUUCUGGUUCCUACAAGCGCAAAGUAGCGGGGAGACAGCAUGAGGAUUCGUUGGCCAGUACCAUUUUUUCUUAUU